GGGCUAUUAAUAUUGAAUUGAGUAAUCUUUUGUAAGGGACCUUCUCUCCAAGUGGACAGCAAAGAAACUCUCGUUUGGCCGAUAUUUUUUUAGUAGUAAUGACUUGAUAUAAAGAUAUCUCUGGUUGGAAUUUUCUGGAAAAAAGGGUUGUCUUUUAGCCAGGAUUUCUACAUUUUUCUAAAGACAGUGCACACUUCUAUCCUGGGCCGCGGGAGCCUCGGGCCGAGACCAUGAGGGCGCUAUUACUUUGUCUCUUGCUGCUGUCCACUCCGAUUCUCGGAAAAAACAAAGCAAAAGUCAAGUCCAAGAAAAAAGCUGACAAGCCAGCACCAUUAAAAUACUUAGGAUGUUUUAAAGACAGCGACCCCCGGGAUCUACCACAAAAGGUUCACGGUCCAGGGGGGACUGUUGCCGCGUGUGUCAAAAAAUGCAAAGACAUGAAAUACCGCUUUGCUGGUGUCCAGUUCGCCUAUUUGUGCUUCUGUGGUGAUCGUCCCGGGAGAUUUGGACAGCUACCUGAUGAGAGCUGUGACAGUCAGUGCCGUACUCCCGGGGAAACUAAGUGCGGAGGCGAAUGGGCGAGCUCUGUCUAUGAGACUGGGUAUGUCCCUGAUCGCCUCAAGCCAAAGGCGAACAACAUCGCGAAACGACAAAGUACCAUGUACGAGGUCCCAGAAACACGUUCCAUUGUCGUGGAUUUAGCUCCGCAAUCCUACUAUUACACUCCCGAAUAUGGCAUAAGCCGCGCACGGCGGUCAGCGGAAGAUUCCUACAACUAUGGCUCCUACCAGCAGAAUGCAAGUCCCAACUCAUAUGGGUCAAAUACGGCGGCUGGCAGUGAAAGAAAUAACCAAUAUUGGUCAAGCCCUAAUAGUAACCAAUAUAGUCCCAAUACUGGCUCCGACCAGUAUGGGUCUAAUACUGGUGUGAAUAGCUAUAACAGAGGAAACGCGGCAUCAAGCACGAACUCAAAUUACGGACAGACGUCAAGUUACCCGAACGGUGAUAACUCGACGGUGUCUAAUUCUGGAUACAGCUCCUACCAGUAUCAUUCCAAUACUGGCGCCAAUACUGGGUCGACUGACGCCACACCAAGCAAUGACCAAUAUGGGAGAAAAGCAACUAGCACAGACUCGACGAGUCAUCAACAAAACAACGCGGCGAGUUAUUCGCCACAGGGAAAAAGCGAUAGAAAUGAUCAGUACAACACAGAUAGUUACUCAACGUAUCCACAGGCUAGCACGGCGCCUGCUCUAAACAUCAACGCUGGUAACCCGUACCGAGGCUCAGAUCAGAGUGGUACGAGCUCUGAAGAAAGUGGAUAUGCAAUUAAGGUAUCAGUUCAGGACGACAAUUCAACUGACUCACAGACACCGCAGGCUCAGAAUACUCAAACACAGGGAUACCAAAAUGCUGCGGAUCAGAGUUUGCAGCAGUCAGCGGGUUACACCUACCCUGCGCAGGCCCCGGCACCUGCUCCAUACCAGGCCCCAGCGCCUGAGACUUAUGCAGCGUCUGCAAACACAACGGCAGCGGAAAUUUCACAGCAAAAUUACACAGCAAGUCCCACAGCAGCGUAUCCUGCUUACUACCCAGCAUCCUCCCCGGUCUCUUACCCAGCAUCCUCCCCUGCCUCUUACCCAGCAUUCUCCCCGGCCUCUUACCCAGCAUCCUCCCCGGCCUCUUACCCAGCAUCCUCCACGGCCGGUAAUGCAUCUAUAGGGAGCAGCUAUGUGAGCCAAGUGGACGUCACAAUAAAACAAACCGCUUGCCGCAUUGAGCGCAAGACAGCCAUGAAGCUAGCAGACUCGUUCAUCCCAGAAUGCACCGUGGACGGAAGUUACGCGAGAGUACAGUGCUUCGAGAACCAUGGAUUCGGUCGGCAGUGCUGGUGCGUCGACGAGAACGGCCAAGAAGUGAGAGGCACUAGAGUGGUAGGGUCAAGCCAGCCAACGUGCAACAGCAGCAGCAGUGGAAUUGCGAGCAGCAGUACCAGCAGUGCAGCUAUAGCAUUAGAGUCACACCAAGAGACCCAGUGUGAGCUAGAGCGCAAGAUCGCCACCGGUGCAUACGUCACUGGAGUCUUCAUCCCCAAGUGUGACGAAAAGGGAAACUUUAGCCCCGCGCAGUGCUUUAACGGUAGUAGCAACUCGGAGAAGCAGUGUUGGUGUGUGGAGAAGGACGGACAGGAGAUCAAGGGAACUAGGGUCCAUGGUGGAUCGACACCUAACUGCCUGGAAAAUGCCCCCAUCCCCGUUCCAUCCCCUGGCUGCAAGAUCGCUCCAUACGGCUGUUGCCCUGACAACACAAGUCCCGCAAGAGGACCUAACAAUGAGGGCUGCCCUUCAACCACAUCAACACCCGCACCCGCACCCGCGCCCGCGGUACAAUCAGCAUGCCUUCAGCAGCAGUCCAGAGCUAGGACAAGCGCAAUGGACACCUUUGUCCCAGACUGUGAGCCGGAUGGUCGCUAUAGCGCGGUGCAGUGUUACACGUACCCCAUGAGUGGAACAACUGUAUGCUGGUGCGUGGAACAGGAAUCGGGAAGAGAGAUUCAUGGAACGCGUUUGGAAGAAAGGCAACCUAACUGCCAAGCCCUCACUUCCAAGGCACCACAGCCACCACAACCACCUCUUGGAAUGGUAAUCUGCAUCGUGACCGCCCAUGGAUGUUGUCCUGAUAAAGUGACUCCCGCCAAGGGUCCCAACAACGAGGGAUGCCCGGGGAUACCACCUGUGUCCCCUACCAUGACCACGCCCUCUUCGCCUAAGAUCACAUACCCUCCAUCCGCCGCCAAAGAGGUUUGCGUCACCGUGCUGCUAAACCAAGUGUAUUACCUUGAUAACCGUAAGGGGAACUACUACUUCGACCUCCAGGCUAAUGUUGAGAAAGCAGUCAAGGAGAUCUACAAGACGCACCCAGCCUUUCAAAGCGUACGCUUUACCGACGCGAGACCUGAGCCAGGCCCAGUGCAGACUCAAAAGGAGAAAGCGCUUGCUGUCUUUUUUGUGAUCUUUUUUAAUCAUGUGAUCGUGGACCCUCUCUCCGACUUGCGUGACAGUAUUGACGAGACCGGUACUUUUGCCAAGGUGUCUGUCUUCAAAAACAGCAUGCGUGAUUUAGGUAAGCAUUUCCAGUCGUAUGGAUGCCCGCCUGAGAACUAUAAACCACUCUACUCAACCACUACCCAACAAGUAACUGUCAAGCCGAAACCCUGGGCCUCAACUGAACCUCCUACCCAGCCUCCCACCACGGCCUCCCCAACCACAGCCAGACCAACAAUGCCACUCGGAAAAGUGCCAAUUCCAGAUCAUCUACUGACACACAUCAAUUUCGAUAACUUCGAUAAUGGAAAGGUGAUGGAUAAUUCUGGUAGAGGCAACAAUGCAAAGGCUACAAGCAUUGAGCUUCAACAGCAGACCUACGGGUGCGGAAUCGUUGGUUUCUUCUCUAAAGGGGAUCUCGCGUUUGAUGGAAGUACAUUUUCUCCUAAACCCAGCAACGCCGUGACUGUGGCAGUAUGGGUGAAGCUGAAAUCAAUAACGGGAAGACAGUCAUUGUUUGAUACCAUAGCAGCCGGUCAAAGGCAAGGCAACUACCAUUUUGAGAUUGUUGAUGGUGCUGUAAGGUGGUUUCAUAGGAACCUAAAGGGCGAGAAGGUGUUUGAGGUCACUACAGAUAAACCUGUAGUUGCGCCGUAUCAGUGGACACAAAUUGUUGGCACUUAUGACAUGACUGAAGGCAUGGCAAAGCUCUAUGUGAACACCUAUAUGGUAAACCAAACCCGAGGCUUCGGCGAGCUCACCACGGACUGGAGCGGACGCGCGGGCAUUGGGAGCCACAAAGGCGCUCGUUACGUGGAUGGUUACGUGGACGAGAUUUAUAUUUAUUCCGCUGCACUCAACGUCCAGCAGAUCAAACAGCUGUCUUGCGCAUGCGCACAACGGGGAGGAGGCUCAGGUCUUCCUUCACCGCAAACAGGGAUUUCUUGCUCUGGCGGCCAGCCAACACAAACACCGACAAAAGCAACUAGCAAACCAACAACUGCAAUUGUCGCAGAAACAACACCAGAACCAUUUACGACCCCAGAACCUGUUACAACACCAGAACCAUUCACAACACCUGAGCCUGUAACAACACCAGAGCCCAUUACCUACCCCCCUGUGACCACACCCAGUUCUUGCACCCCAUGUACUCCACCGUACCCAUACCCAUGCCUCAUAAUAUGUCUACCACAACCAACACCACCUCCAGUAACCACACCCGAACCAGUAACCACACCCGAACCAGUAACCACACCCGAACCAGUAACCACGCAAAAGCCAGUAACGACGCCUAAGCCAACAACACCCAGUACAACCCCUAAACCUACAACUCCACCAACUCCUCCUUCACCUGUCAAUGGUGGUUAUACACCAUGGACUGAAUGGACCGAGUGCUCUGCCACGUGUGGGGGUGGUAUCCAGCAAAGGACCAGAGCCUGUUCAAAUCCUGCACCAAAGAACAAUGGCACAAGCUGUGAAUCACUAGGGCCAUCAUUUGAGACCCAAGCUUGCAAUUCCAAACCAUGUCCAGUUGAUGGGGCUUACAGUGAGUGGAGUAAGUUUGACAAGUGUAGCAAAUCUUGCGCUGGUGGAGUACAGAUGCGGUCCAGAGAGUGUAACAACCCUGAGCCACAGUAUGGCGGCAAGACUUGUAGCUAUCUGGGGCCGGCCAACGAGACCAGAGCUUGCAACACUUUCUUCUGCCCAAUUGAUGGAGGUUACUGUGAUUGGUCGGAAUACAUGUCAUGUAGUGUGACGUGUGGGGGUGGUGUACAAUACAAGACACGCACAUGCACUAACCCUCCACCACAGCACGGAGGCAAGAACUGCUCUGAACUUGGGCCCUCGCGCAUGUCACGUGACUGCAACACACACAGCUGUCCAGUUGAUGGAGGCUACUCGCCUUACAGCAAAUGGUCCGACUGUACAGAGACAUGUGGUGGAGGUACACAGAUUCGAACACGCACGUGCACUAACCCACCCCCUAAGCAUGGUGGGCGCGACUGCUCACGGGACGGGCCAGACUUUGAGACUCGUGAAUGCAACACUCAGGCUUGUCCAAUCGACGGCGGUUUCACAUCGUACACCAACUACUCCGAGUGCAGUAAAACAUGUGGGGGCGGGACCCAGGUGCGCCUACGCUCGUGCACCAACCCUGAACCGCAGUACGGUGGCAAGAACUGCACGGGAUCAUACAAGCAAAUUCGCGAAUGCAAUACUCAACCAUGUCCAGUUGAUGGAGGCUUCAGCGAGUGGGGUAACUACACAGAGUGUAGUGUCACAUGUGGUGGCGGCACCCAGAUGCGGCUUAGGACAUGCACCAACCCACAACCUGCAAAUGGCGGCCGGCCCUGUCUCGGCGAGACGACUGAAACUAAGGACUGCAACUUACAACCAUGCCCAGUGAAUGGUGGCUAUUCCGAGUGGACACACUUUGCACCCUGCAGCGUAACCUGUGGAGGGGGGUCACAGCAGCGAACCAGGACAUGUACAAACCCCCCACCCUCCCAUGGAGGGGAGGAUUGUUCCGCCUUGGGGCCUGGCCAUGAAACAAGAAACUGCAGUACCAACCCAUGCCCAAUUGACGGCGGAUACACAAGUUGGUCUGACUGGUCCAAAUGUAGCAAAUCAUGUGGCGAAGGAGUCUUCCAAAGAACGCGUAACUGUAGCGAACCAGAGCCUCAGAACGGGGGGAGGAACUGCUCACAGCGGGGCCCCGCCCUGGAGACUCAGUCAUGUAACGUCAUGCCCUGCCCGAUCGACGGCAACUACUCGCAGUGGAGUGAAUGGACGUCGUGUACCGUGACGUGUGGGGGCGGGGAACAGAUGCGAUCCCGGACAUGUACCAACCCCACUCCUCACUUUGGGGGCAAGGAUUGCUCAGCUAUCGGCGCGUCAACUGAAACCGGGUCCUGCCAAACACAGGAGUGUCCAGUAAAUGGAGGUUACUCUGCCUGGAGUAACUGGACCGAGUGCACAGUCACGUGUGGAUCUGGGAAGCAAUUCCGAACCAGGAACUGCACCAACCCUCGCCCUGCUUUUGGUGGGGCAGACUGUUCUGGUAUUGGUGACCCCACCGAGGCCAAGAUCUGCAUCAAGCCACCCUGCCCUGAAGAGCCCUCGAACAUGGGACCGGAAGUGGGUUGGUCCCGCUGUUCCAGGACCUGUGGGGGAGGGGUUCAGUGGAGAGUGGUGAAGCUGAAGGGCGGCAAGGAAGAGAACGAAACGCGCACGUGUUCGACCACGCCCUGUCCUGUUGACGGUGGUUAUUCGAGCUGGAGUGAGUGGACUGGCUGCUCGGUGUCGUGCGGUGGCGGCAUCAAGUCGAGGUCCCGAACAUGCACAGAGCCCAUCCCGAUGUUUGGUGGAAGCCGCUGUGGCGAGCUUGGGAAGCCUGUGGAAACCGAACAGUGCAACAUGCAGGAGUGUCCAGCACCUAAAAUACCCUUGCGCUCUUGCCGCGAGUUCUUCGAACGUUGUCACAAGCGAACAGAUGGUCUCUACUCCAUCGUCGUCAGGGAGAGAGACACCGCCCGAGAACUCACGGUGUACUGUGAUAUGACUCGGUCCGGCGGAGGCUGGACACUAGUGGUGACCGCGGCAACCAAUCAGGGCUGGUCAGCGGACAACAUUAAAAUGAGGAACAUCGAUGACCCGACCGUGGUCGAUGAUUACUCGAUCCUGGGCGAGGCGGACUCCAUCAAGGCGAUAUCUGCUGGCGAGUUUGAGUACAGACUUGAGGCGAACGAGCGCGAGGUGUUUGGUGGGAUUUGGAAAGCACCGCAUUCAUACAGCUUUGUGAACAACUACCCGAACCAAACCGACAUCCGUGAAAUGCAAAAGUUUCCUCCCACAUGGGAGUACGGGGCUGAAGGGCUUGGUUAUCGCAUGCCAUGGCUUCCUCUGGCGGACCCCAAAACGCUUCUCACCACCUCUGAUCGCAAGGGGAAGAGCUGGUUUGGGACUAUUGUCACGAGGAGUGGGUACGAGGGCAAGGAGUUCAAACCUUCGCCUUGGAUCAAGAUUAAAAUGCUGAACCCAGGGCUUAUCUGGUACUGGAUGAGAGAGCCCUCAUCUGCCUUAAAACCGCCGAGUGCGUCAGAGCCUGACGCCAUGUGCCCAUCUCCAGUGGCUGGUGGAUAUAACUUGUGGUCCGAUUGGUCCCCAUGCCCCGUCACGUGCGGUGGAGCGAUGCAGCUGAGGACUAGGAACUGCUCCAGUCCCAAACCGCUGAAUGGUGGUGCCGACUGCUCAAGCCUCGGAAGUGAUAUUGAAAGUCGGGACUGCAACACGAACCCCUGCCCUGGUGAUACGGUGAACGGAGGCUACUCGGAGUGGAGCGCAUGGACUGAGUGCAGUGCUACUUGUGGCGGGGGAACUCAGAUGAGGAACAGGAAAUGUAACAACCCCAACCCUCAGAACGGAGGCAAGAACUGCAUCGACAUGGGGCUUGGCAGCGAGAUUGAGAGCCGCAUGUGCAACCAAAAUCCAUGUCCAACUAACUGUAAACCCCCUUGUGCUAAUAACGGAAGCUGUGUAAAUAGUCAGUGCAAGUGUCCAGAGGGAUUGUACAAGGGCAGAUAUUGCCAGAUAGCCAUCUGCAAGGUUCCAUGUGAGAAUGGCGGCACAUGUAUCGACCCUGUGUCCAACACGUGUCAGUGCCCGCCUAACUGGAGGGGAGCGACAUGCAAGCAAGCUGUCUGCACCCGUUAUUGUAAGAACGGAGGAACAUGCACCGCCCCAAACACGUGCACCUGUUUGCCAGGAUACUCAGGAAGGCGAUGCGAAAAGUCGGAAUGCGUGCCUGAAUGUCUGAAUGGCGGGGUUUGCGUCAACCGACAAUGUCAGUGUCCUCAGGGUUACACAAUGGAGGCCUGCCAAAAAGUGAAUAAAUGCGAGUUGCCGAAGCCCACGGGGCCGUGCUUGUACGAGCUUCAGACCGCCAUAAAAGGCGCUCCACUAUCUGACGCGGGCUCGCCUUGUAUGAUGUUCCUACGAGAAGUACUGCAGAACUGUCCAUCCAAAAGCACAACGUACCCAAGGAAAUUGUGCGAACAGCAGUGCGACGCCAAAGUAACGAAUGCUUGUGAGAAGAUAUGGGCGCCUGACUCGUGUGCGAGUAGCGAAAUGAGAGCGUAUUACGACGUGACGUCUCGGCAGUGCAAACAGACCGAAUUCUGGGGAUGCAAUGGCAACCAUAACUUGUUCUCCACGGUGGAUUCUUGCUCUAAGACGUGCAUCACAGGAGAAAACUAUGGUCCGAGCCCAACGGCUGUUACUCCUGUUAUACCCCAAAACCAUCCUCCGAUACCAACCAGCUACUACUGGUAUUUCCUGGCAAUACAAAACAACCACAUCAUGGGCGGAUCCGGCAGUCCCCUUCUCCAGACCCAGGGCCCGUACCAACUCAUCGAUCUGGGCUACUUGUUUACCACACCCCAGUCAUGGGCGCAGGCCGAGAUCGCGAGCGAGGACGCGCUUCUUGACCCCAUCGCUAGCCUUCCUGGUCUAACCAUUGGUAUGAAGGUGAAGCUGGAUGCGUCGCUGCGUGACUGUACCACGCCCAGGUACAUCCUGGACACUGGUGCUGCAAGUCUGGACACGCGCGGCAUCUCGGUGUUUGUUAAAGGCGAGACCCUCACCGUCCAACUCACGUCUGAUACUGCAAUUUUCAAGCUUGAGACAAGUGCCAUGCUCGACCGAUGGGUCUACCUCGUCAUCACUUGGAGGUCCGACCUAGGCCUCACGGUCUAUCGUAACGGAGAAGUUCUGGGCACCAGUACUAAGUCCCCACUUUCCGAGAGCCCGGAAAUCAACAAAGAUAGUCCUAACUUUAUGGUCGGGAAGAGUCUGGGCAAGGGGACCAGCACGUGUGGUCGAUUCUAUCUGUCGUCGAUGGCCAUAUUCAAGCAAUACCUUGAGCAAGCGACAGUGAAGAAGAUCUUUGCGUUCUUCUGGGUUAAUAUUGUAUCUCCGACGCCGCCCCCCAAGUACUACAUCUACCUGAGAGUGAUCAACCGAUCUGGCCGACCAGCGUCCAUUUUACCAGGAGAUGAGCUGCCCCCGUCAGGAUUUGGACCCGUCAAGCAGGGGAGCAUCGUUGAUAUCACCAAAACAGUCCCUGGGAACAUCCCUAUCACAUUCAGGGUAUUUGAUUCGGAAACGCGUGAGGGCCUGCUGGCGAACGACGCUUUCACCACCACUAUAACGCCUACGCCCAGCAAGACUCGGUUCGACUUGAAUAUCACCAAAUCAGUGAAGAGAAAAAAGUACAUAAUCUCAGUAACAGUUACAAACGUUGCUGGGCGAAACGUUCGCAUCAAGACUUCUGAUAACAUGCCUCCUGGAGGAUUCCUUAUCAACAAACAAGUCAUCGCCAAUAUCACCAAAAAGGUUACAUCUCCUGGUCCUAUAACUUUUACUGUGAUAGAUGAAGACGGCAAACCCAUUUAUCUCAACUACCAUCACAGACAGAUGUUGAAUCCGCGUGAAGGCUCUUGUCAGCCCAUUCCUCUCACAAUCACAUCCACAGCUGAACCCACUCCUAAGUUCUACAUCAGAAUUGAGUUCAGGAACUAUGCGGGGAUGGACGCGAAUGUGACAUUCUCGGAUCAAAAGAGUCUAAUUGUCCGGGCCCAGAAGGUCGUCCGAAUAACCAAGAUCACCCCCGAUAGGAACGCUGCGAUGCUGUCAGCCACAGACGUUGCCAGGCAACGGUCGUUUGCGAUCAAUAAUCAUGAAAACCAGAUCCUUAUGCCGGACGAGCAUGACACGGGGAAAUUUAAUGUUGUCAACAUCACCAAAACUAUCAACAAACCUCCAUCCUUCAAAGACAAGCUCAAGAUCAUUCUCCACGUCACCAGUACAGUACCGGACGGUCGAGCUGUGGUAUUCACCAGUGACAAUGUCCCACCCGAGGGGUACCCCCUGAGAAGCGGGUCCACCCUGACCGUGGUGAAGUACAGCGAUAAGCCGAUCAGACUCGAGGCGAUUGACGAGGACACCAUGGCAUCCUUGCUGGUAAAUAAGCAGGAUAUGAUAUGGGUCGCACCAAAUAAGGAAAACAAGGUUGAAGUCGUUCAAAUUUCAUCGCCAGAAGGAGUCCUCCCACAACCUGCUGUUCCAUCGGUCAUGCCCAACACCUUCAUCUCCUUCCUCUCCGUCAUUGACGGGUUCGUACUCGGACGUCCAAGCUUUCAGGCCCACGGGGGGUACUCUGUGGACGACAAUGGCAUCUCCCUGGACGGUGUAUCGGGGUAUUUCGGCGCACACGUGGAUCCGCUGACCCCUGGUCUGCAGCCUUUGAUCAACCCUAAAGAAGAGUUCUCAAUUGGUCUGAAGAUCCUGCUGCCUCAAAGCGUCAGAUCAUACAAGACAUCAAAGUUUGUGCUGGAUACUGGACCAAAUAGAUCACGCAUGCGUGGUGUCUCCUUGUAUCUUUUGGAGGAGAGACUGAUUGUGGAGGUGGCUACUAAAGAUAUACUCUGGAAGACCGAGACCACCAUAAUCACAGGCCAAUGGGUUUACGUGCUCAUCACGUGGCGACUCGAGGACGGUGUCAGCCUCUACUGGGAUGGCCAACAGCGCGCUACAGAUAAAAGUGGAAUAGGUGUCAAUAACUACAACAUUAACACCCUGGACGAGAACCUCAACAUUGGGCGCGCUGUUGGAGGCGGUCAGCCUUCAUUUGCCAGCUUCUCCAUCGCUUCCUUCUCGGUGUUCUCGCGAAGUCUGCAGCCUCCAGACGCUUAUCAGGUCUCCCGAUAUUACAUUAUUCAUGUUAUCAUUCAGCCUUCCAAGAAAUACUUCAUCAACCUGAAAGUCACCAAUUCCUUGGGCAAGAAAGUGACCUUGAUGCCUGACGAUGCUCUUCCCCCUGAGGGCUUCAGCUUGGGCGCCCACGAGUGUGACGUCGUCAUACGAAAAGAGCUCACCAGUCCCCUCCCGGUCGCGUUCACGGCAUAUGACUCGGAUGGCAAGGAGUUAUGGGUAAAUGGCGGGUACGAGAUGACGGUGACGCCGAGCAGCGUGUGGAAGCAGAUGACGAAAAUGCGCAUCGCAAAAGUUGAAAGUGAAGGCAAACCUGCCCCGAGAAACAAAUACUACAUCGACGUGUCAAUAAAGAACAAGGGAAGCAGGAAUAUCGUGGUGUAUUCAAGCGAUAAUCACCCGGCCGAAGGCUACUCAGUCGCCGCUGGCGUGACUGAACUGAUAACCAAAAGCAUAACCACGCCCGCGACCGUGCUGUUCUACGCGAAGGCAGGGAACAGGUUACUCUUGAUCAAUGGGCAGGACAGAGUAGCCGUCCAACCAUCAAGAGCGAAGCCGGAGCCUGUUGAACUUGAAGUAGAAUCAGGCGACACGGGUGCCCCUCAGGAGCUCCCCGCCCCACCCGUACCAUUCAGCUACUAUUGGAAAAUGGACCAAGUUCUGGACGAAUUCGUGGCCGGGACACCGUCCUUCCGCGUCACGGGUGGAGUGAAGACGUCACCAGAGGAAGGUGUCACGUUUGACGGUCUGACUGGCUGGAUGGGUGCGAGUAUUAGCAAGACCGACUGCCUGCUUGACCCCGGGAGGUGCACUCAUGGGUUCGCCAUUGGUGUUUAUCUCAAACUGGGCCCAAAGGCGACGCAGUAUAAAGAGGCGAGGUACAUCAUCGAUACUGGGGGGAAAAGCGCUCCAGAGAGCGGUAUAUCGCUGUAUUUACAAGACGGCAAGCUGAGAUUCAUGCUGGCAACCUCAUCCAAGACAUGGGAGGUCUUCACGUCUGCUGUGCCUGACAAGUGGUUCUAUUUGAUGCUGAUCUGGAACCCCAACGACGGUCUCGCCAUGUACGUAGACAACGUCCUGCAGGGCUCCUCUAAGCUUGGUCAGGCUACGCCAGGCUUAAACCCGUCGGACGAGUCCAUAAACUUAUGCAUCGGCCGAAACAUCCACGGACCAAGGGGCUCUUUCUAUGCAGAGUUUUCCAUGAGGAGGUUGGCUGUGUUCAAUCGCUUCAUCCCGACUCAGCUGGUAACCACAGUGUACAACUACUAUUCGAAGCCACUUCCCGUGGUUCCAUCCUCCAAGUUCUUCAUCGUCUUGAACAUCACCAACACUCUGCACAAAGCAGUUGUCAUCGUUCCUUCUGACGGCUCACCUGCCGAGGGUUUCACGAUCAAAGCUCGCACCAUAGCAAGGAUCAAGAAGCAAGUUGUCAGCCCCGCAGCUGUGCAGUUUAGCUCCAAGGACACCGACGGGAACCCUGUGUUCAUGAAUGGGGAGUCCACUAUUGAGCGAAAGCCCUCUGUGUCUGUCUUGAAGGAAACUUCGUACACAAUCACCGAUAAAGGAACUGUUAUCCCAAUGAAGCCUGGAGAGGGUAGUCUUUCCGAGUCUUCCGUUAAAGCGCCGCCUGUCACGCCGCAACACGCGUACUACAUGUCCCGCCUCCGUUCAGUGUCUGUCCCAGGCAAACCUCCCCUCACCGUCCAAGGAAACAUCGACAAAGCCGAGGGAGGGCUCCACCUGGACGGCUCCACGACGUUCCUCUCUAACGACCUCGACCUCAAGGAUUGCCUGAAGAAUCCUGGCUCUUGUAGCGAUGGGUUUACUGUGUCGCUCAAGUUAAAGUUCGACCGUGAUGCGUUGACCUUGAACACGCCUCGAUUUGUGCUGGACUCGGGCCGCAGCGCGGGCGGCAGGGGGGUCAGCGUGUUUGUGGUGAUGAAGCAUAUCUAUGUGGAGAUUGCGACCUCAGAUGCUCUGUAUAAGGCCGCCAUCGCCGUCAAAAGCGGUCACUGGUUCCUCCUGACCGCCACGUGGAGUACCAAUACAGGUCUCUUCAUCUAUGAUGACGUCGAGCCCGUGGUAGAGCACAAGUUCCCCGAAUCCGGCGCCAACUACGCCUUGUACGAGAAAUCUCCGAACUUCGUGAUCGGGAGAAGCGUAUCCGCUUACUCUGGCUUCUGCAAGGUUUCGCUUGCAUCGCUCAUCACCUUCCCUCAGUACCUGACUCAACACGAUGUCAAGGCUGUGUUCGCGCACUUCUGGGGCAAAGGUACGUCAAGCGAGGGCGACACCUUCUACGUUGUCCUCGAGGUCAUCAACCCUCUCCCCUCCCCCGUGCGCAUUCUGACAGAUGACGGGCAGCCGCCUGAGGGAGUCCUGGUCAGCGGUACCGCCGGCGGCCAGCCCCAGCAGCUGGUCAGAAUAACCAAGGAGUCCAGGAAGGGGUCAGCGGUUGUCUUUAGUGUGAUCGAUGCGCGGUCAGGAGCUGAUGACUACCUUGAUAACCAGGCGUUCCUAACCGUAAAGGCCGACCACAACAGGGAUACCGUCUACAGGGCUUUAGUGUCUACGACAGGCGUGAGUGGAAGCGGGCGUCUCCUUGGCGGAGUCGUUAUAAAGCCUUCCCCUGUGACCGCACGGCAUUCCUGGAACAUGAACUCUUAUAGUGAUGCCACCAGAAAGGUCGCCGGGAAUCCAGAGCUUCUGGCCCUUGGGAAAGCUGUGCUUGCCUCGCACAACGGGGGACUGGUGUUUGACGGGAAGACCACGUGGCUUGGGACACACCUUAGCGACGACUGCAUCAUUGACCCUGACCUUUGUACAUCCGGGUUCUCGCUGGCGACCAAGUUAAGGUUUGACGAGGACGUGAAGGCGUGCAAGGACAAGCAUUACGUGUUGGAUACGGGUGCCGAGAGCGCCAAGUUCCUUGGUAUUUCCAUGUAUGUGCAGGAAGGCACGUUCUACUGCGCGCUUGCGACAAAGGCAACGGUGUAUAAGGCUAAGACGCCCAUCGAAUCAAACACGUGGUACCUUUUUAGUGUCACAUGGUCUACCGCUAAAGGCUUGGUUCUCUUCAGUGCUGGUAAAGAAGUCUAUGCGGACAGGUCCGGAAUAUCGGACACCGGACGGUCCGUUAAUGGUAAUGAGCUUAACUUCUGCAUCGGUAAAGACGUGCCUUCCGGAGGAAAGGCGUUCGCUAAGUUCACGAUGACCAUGGUUGCGUCUUUCAAUGGGUAUUUGGCGGCCAAGACGAUGAGGUCAACCUACUCGUUCUACUGGAGGCAGGGUCCAUCCAGCAGCGCUGUCAUCAGAGUCACGUUUAUCAACAAGUCAGGCGUCAAUGCGCUCGUCAAACCAAGCAGCGGCCACCUUCCUCAGGGCCUCAUGGUCCCAAAUGACUACGUAAUGGACAUCUCAGUGGAGGAUCAUGACAACAUUCCCGUCACCUUCAAAGCGGCCAUGCCCGGUGAUGGGGGUACACCCCUCUUCUUGAACGGGCAAAGCCAUAUCACCAUCUCCUCGGCCCUCACUCAAUCCGCUCCCUUCGUUCUGCAGAUAUCGCGAUCAGGAGCCUCUUCUGUUCUAAAACCAAAGACAUGCUACGUAGCUAUAAAGAUCCUCAACAAAUCCGGCAAGGACAUAAUUCUGAAGCCUAACGGAGCCGACGUACCUCCCGCUUUCACCAUCCCGGUCAAGAAGGGUACGGCCAAAAGCCUCGUGGUCACAACCAAGGGCAACGCCCAGAUUACCUACCAGGCCAUUGACACAUCAAACAAUGCUCCCUUACUAAUAAACGAACAUUCCACGGAGACUGUCACACCAUCUGAAGUAAAACCGUCAAGCCCUGUGGAGGUUAUAGUCACGCUACCCGGUCACGCGCAAGGUGAACAGCUGUACACGUAUCUCAGGCUGGUGAAUAAGGCCGGCAAGGAUGUCAAAGUGACCAUCGGUAAGACCGAGAAGGUGGUCAGGAAGAAUACGAUGAUGACCCUGAAACAGGGCACCCGAAGCCCCGAACCCAUCAAGGUGACGGCCGAGGGCUCUACCGACCACAAGCCGAUCAUCAUCAAUUCUAAAACCAGUGAGGAAGUCGUGCCAAAAUCCGAGGCGGUGAUUUCCAAUUUGGAGCUCACACCAUCAGCUAUGGCUGAGAAGAAACAAGGCAUCCCGUCAAGUGACACUUACCGAAUAUCUCCCUACUACAUCACCCUCAAGAUCAGCAAUCGCGCGGGCAGAAAGACCGUCAUUGCGCCAAGCUUCGACGAGAUCGUGCGCGGCUUCCAUGUGGGAGAUGGCCCGGUAGUGCAGGUCACCAAGGAAUACGCCGACAACUCACCGGUCAGGCUCGUAGCGUACGACCCGCUGACGGCUAGUCCACUGCUAAUGAACAACCAUCAGGCUAUGGUGCUGAGGCCUGGGGCAUUUAGCGAUAAACCGGUAGCCGUGGUAAUAACCGCGCCAACCGGUAACGAGAUACCACAGCCAACGGAACACUUCAUCUCCCUCUUCCUGGACAACAGACUUAACCGCGAGGCACGCAUUGUGCCGAGUAGAGGCAGGAAGGGCGGGUACGUGGUUCCUGGGAAGUCCCAACUUAAGGUAUCCAUCAUUAUUAAGAGUGGACCUAACGAGCCGAAGCCAAUCUUGUUCUAUGCUGAGGACGUGAAAACGGAAGAGAAACUGGAGCUUAAUGGCAAGAUCAGUCCUCAGUCUAUCAAAGCAUCGGUGCUGCCGGAUGUCAUCCAUAAGCUCAACAUUACGGCUUCAGCUCCCUCUGUCAAACCGGCGCACUCCUGGUCGAUGCUUGCCCUCAAGAACAAUCACAUCUUCGGUAGUCCAUCUCUUCGCGCUGAGGGUGUCUACAGCUUUGUGGACGACGGCGUAAGCUUCGACGGCUCAACCAACUUUAUGACGACCUCCCUCAUGAACGACGAUUGCAUUGUGAACCCAGAUGUGUGCCCAAAAGGGUUCACGGUCGGAACUAAGAUCAAGUUCGCCCAGGAAGAGUUGAUGUAUAAUGAGCCCGGGUUUAUUUUGGACAGCGGUGGUCACCGUAGGGGCAAGCGCGGCGUGUCGUUGUAUGUAGAUAAUGGGCGCUUUUAUGCAGAGGUUGAGACAACAGACAGAAUCUGGACGACAUCUCAGCCUAUCCUCUCAGAGGACUGGCUCUACAUCAUGAUGACUUGGGAUAAGCACGACGGCAUCAGACUCUACGAGAACUCGAUUCUACGGGCGAGUGACGACACAGGCCGACCCGUCAGCUACUCCAAUGUACUCGACUCGGAGUCGAAUCUGGUAGUUGGGCGGGACGCGAGCGGGAUGGCCCGUAACGCCAAGUUUGACUUGGGGUCACUCACCACCUUCGCUAGCUGCCUAUCACAGAAGGACGUCAACAAGGCGUAUAUAUUCUUUUCCAGUAGCUUGUCUGCCAAAAUCUACUACGCACCUAUUCGCGUCACAAACGACGCAGGUCGAAGAAUCGUUCUCAGACCGGACAAGGGCAACCCCCAUGGCUUCCCCAUGGAGCCCCGCUCCACCAUGGAGGUGACCCUAAUGUCCAUGUCUACGGAUGCCACGCCCAUCGCCCCUGUUGCCUUCAAGGCGUACGAUAAGGACACCAAGACACCCUUCGAGAUUAACAAUAGCGAGAGACCGUUCCUUGUUACUCCAGUGGAGUCUAUGGAGGACUUUACGACCAUGGUCGUCUCCGCGCCUCAGCCUUCCGUGCUUCCUAAGUACGCGUGGGGGAUAAAGAAAGUGGUGAACGGUGAGGUCCUGGACUCCUUCCCUACCUUACAGGCCCAUGGUCAGCUAUCGGAGAAGGAAGAUGGUCUUCUUCUUGAUGGUAAAGAGAGCUGGCUGGAUUCUGGAGACUUCCGUGGCACAUGUAUCAGCGACCCGUCCAAGUGCCCGUCUGGUCUGACCAUAGGGUUCAAGGUCAAACUAGAUGACGAAGUGGAUAAAUACGCGGACGAGGCUCACUAUCUCGUGGACACGGGAGGCGAUCACGUGAACGCGCGUGGGGUCAGCGUGUACCUCAAAGACCACAAGCUGUACGCGACCGUGACCGAGGCGAACAGCGCCUGGAGGGUCGAGGCCCCUUACAAAACCAACCAAUGGCAGUACGUCCUGGCCACGUGGCGUGAGGACCUGGGCAUGGCGCUCUACAUGGACGGGCUCCCUGUGGCCGCGUCUAAGACCAUGAUCCCUCAGGAGGGUGAACACAUGGAAGACUCGCUAACGCGCGUGACCCUGGGGCGUGCCGCAGACCAGCCUUACCGUAACACAAAGAUGCUCAUUUCGUCACUUGUGUUUUUCGACUCCCGUCUGAAACCAGUGGAUGCUACAAAGGCCUCUCUAUACUACUGGGGCGGAGUCACGCCAUCCUCUGCCGACCGGUACAUCAAAGUCAAGUUUGAUAACCGUGCUGGUGUCACGGUGAAGGUUAUCCCGAGCAAAGGGGACUUUAAAGACCAGGGCUACCUCAUCAACCCCCACAUGACCCUGCAGCUAUCCUACGUCGAGAAGCACCCAUAUAAUAAUGUCCCCGUCACAUUCCUGGCCCUCGACCCUGCCACCAAUCAGCGAUUGUAUAUCAAUGGGCGAUCUGGUAUAAUCCGGGUUUUCCCGAGUCCAUCCAAGACGAAUCUUACGGAAGCUAUCCUCUCAUCACAGUAUGACUGCCCCACUAGCGAUGGCUUCUUCCCUGACCCAGCCUCAAACGGUCGGUACAUUCACUGUUCGGGCAACUCCCCUGAGAUCAUGUCCUGCCCUGACAAGAUGACCUGGCAGAAUGACAUCAAAUCCUGUGCAGGGGAUGGCCGCGAAUCAGCAGCAAAUCUGUUUUACUUUAAUGUGAAGUUCAACAACUACGCGGACGUGAAAGGACAGGUGCUCAAGUUAUCGGACUUUAAGCAAAAGACAUUCUUGCCAAUCGGCAAAUCUCUACACAUCCGAUUCACGUCACCCACGAAUAGCUCUGCUAUGUUCAAAGCUGUUCAAGCCGACACAGAUGAUGGUCUCACACUUGAUGAUAAGCCAGUCCUAAGUGUGUUCCCGUCGCUGGACCCCGAUCACGUGACUUAUGUCACGGUCCGGAAACCUGGAAAUAACGACCGCUUAGCGAGCGCUGCAAACGAUCAGAUAAACGCUGCAGUAUGUGAUACUCCAUGCUUGAAUGGUGGGACCUGUAUACAGUCUGGUUCCAACAAGUGCGCAUGCGCGCAAGGAUAUAGCGGAGACUACUGCGAGAAACCUGUAUGCUCUGAUUACUGUCGCAAUGGCGGGACUUGUUCUGGACCGAACCAAUGCACCUGCCCAUCAGGGUAUUCAGGCGCAAGAUGUGAACAAUCGAGCUGCAAUUGCGAGAAUGGCGGGAAAUGUGUGGAUGGAGUUUGUCAGUGUCCGGCCGGACACACUGGAGCAAACUGCCAAGAAGUCUCGAUCUGUGAGCUGUCUAGCGACCCAGGGCCGUGCUUCCACGAGGUGUUCUUCGCUGCUAGUCACGCAAGCCGAACCAACCGCUCUGCGGCGUGCAACAAGUACAUCGACGACAUGCUUGAGAGCUGUACAAACAACAACGGUUCCUUCUCACUAGAUCAGUGCAACAGCAUAUGCGACCCAGCAACAGACAGCGUGUGCGAGAGGAUGUGGCAGUCUCCUAAGUGCACCUCGCACUUGCCCAAGUUCAGCUUUAACUCACAGACCGGACAAUGCCAGCAACUCGCUUAUAAUGGUUGCCUUGGAAACCUGAACAACUUCGAUACGGCAGAGGAGUGCCAGAACACGUGUGGUCGUACUCGUAAGCGACGUCACGUGAUGAACAACACGGUGCCACAGGCAACCCGACACAAAUUGCUGCACGAAUUGAUCCCCAAACGACUUCAUCAUCACUUGCGCCGACACUCAGCAUGAUCAGCGGGUAACCGCGGGACAAAAGCAACAGCGCAACCUCGCUAGAGGGUAUUAACUCGACCCAGUCUUAAACGGUUUUAUUAAAGAAAUAAUCAUUGCAAGGUUAUUGGAAUAUUGAAACUGGGAUUAAUAUGAAAAAUAGUGGGAUAUCUAAACGAGUAAAAAUGCGCGAAAUUUAAAAUAUGGGCGACGACCCGAAAUAGUUUUAAAAAAAUAUUGGAAUGCUGGAAGUAUUUUUGUUUUUGGAAAUCUAUAAAAAUAGUUUUUACUACAUGAGACCACGGUCCGUAUAUUAUUCACAAUCUUUGCUGAAUUUGUUCUUUGAUUUUAAGACGAAUUUUAUCGCGUAGCUCUUAGAAGUGCUAGUUUCUAGAAGUUAGUUCUUAGACAUCUUCGAUCAGAUCUUUGUACAUUGAGUAAAGCUAAAAGCACCGGCCUUGAGCUGAAAUGAAUAAACAAAAAGAUUAAUAAGAUGAUCGAAACGUUAAUACCUUGUAAAUACGGUGAAACCUCGUUAUGUCAAACCCUCUAGAUUAGAGAAACUAAUGCUCUAUGAUAAAUGCUAUACGUAACCUGGUUAACUCGAUUUAGUUCAAGUUACUAAUGCCCUGUUAUGUAAAGUAUUAACUUUUGAGUGAAUGAAUGUAACCUGUAUAAAGCUGGCAUCAUGUUUCAAUAACAAACUUGGCUACCAAUAUUUAAAAUAGAGCUACCUCUUUAUAAAGGGCGUAGUAGUCUAGAGGCUUUGUCAUACGUGUUUUCGCUGUCGCAUUUAGAUUAAUGUAGAAAUAAGCGUUGUAAAACACUUAAUAAAGUUUGAAUUAUCAA